AUGUUGAGCUUUGCCAGCCGCAUCACGAUGACGAAAGCGGUACUAUCCUCCUUCCCAGUUCAUACAAUGAGCUCGAUAGUACUCCCACAGUCGACAUUGGCCAGAUUAGACAAGAUAUCGAGAUCAUUUGUGUGGGGAGAUACUACGAAACAGAAGAGACAACACUUGAUCUCAUGGGAGAGAGUGUGCUUACCCAAAAGAGAAGGAGGCUUGGGAAUCAGAAAAGCACAAGACAUGAAUAAGGCUCUAAUCGCCAAACUGAGCUGGAGAGUUUUGCAGGACACCAACUCUCUGUGGUCACGAGUGUUGAGGCAUAAGUACAAGGUGACGAAUAUAAAAGAUGGGCUGUGGUCUAAACGGAGUGGUAACUGGUCGUCAAUAUGGCGGAGUGUGAGGAAAGGAAUGAGUGAAGUGGUGAUUCCAGGAAUUCACUGGGUGAUAGAAAUGGACGAGAGGUUCGCUUUUGGCAUGAUAAAGUGGCUCCUCGACACACCACUUUAUGACUUACGCACAACAGAGAUACCUGAAAAUCUGUUGGAGAUGCCAGUACGGGAACUAUGGCAGAACGGAGCAGGAUGGAUAAUGCAUCAGAUUACUCCUUACCUCACCGAAAACAUACGGAUGCAAAUUUUGAUUCGAUUUUCAGUUGUUCGACCACACUAG